AUGACUAACCAUUAUUCUCUGUCAACAAAGGAGAAGGGCGAAGAUCUACAGACCUGGAUCGAAAACCAUCAUGCACCAGGGUGUCCAUAUCCGAUUUCUGAAUUUUCUUUGGCACCCAGAAAUCCCGACUAUGCCAUUGAGCGCACACCUAUCCGCCUAGAUUCCGGUGCUUUGGCUGCUCUUCAUCUCGACGCCAGUACUGAAACGUCUGGUUAUCGGAAGAUCAGUAUCACAAGGCAGGGCGAGGGCCCCCCAACGUGGUGGAUUGGGCGCAUUGGCCCCGGGGUGCUUUUCAUGGACGAUAUCUUCAGAUCCACCCGAAGCGAAGAUCCGCACAUAUCCGAGUUCACAAAGGCUGCCUAUGAAUUGGAUUUUCCUCUAAACAGUCUCAUGCAUGUGAUUGUGCCUAAUGUCAAUGAGACGGAUACUUUAUCGUGUGUCAAGCGGGUGUAUAAAUCCCACGAGGUGAUUCGGUAUCCAUGGAGUGAAGAGCAGACUUGGGAGCCUUGUUCGUCUGGAUACAAGGCCCUACUGGGUACCGGUAUUGGCAAGAUUGUUGGGGCCUUUGUUCUAUGCUCAUGGGGUCAAGGCAGAAAACGAAUUUCGCGGAUUGUGACUUUUCACGUGAAGUCUGAUGUUCAUAAGUUAUAUAUGCGGUUUGAUCUUGAGGAUAUAUGA